AUCCCCCUGAUGAAACCCCGGCCUAGCGGCUGCGAUGGCGAGCGUUCCGUGGGCCGAGGUCCGUGAGAAGUUCCAGGCCGCCCUGGCCCUGUCGCAGGUGGAGUUGCAUAAAAACCCGGAGAAAGAGCCGUACAAGUCCAAAUACAGCGCCCGAGCUCUGCUGGAAGAGGUCAAGGCGCUGCUGGGCCCCGCGCCCGAGGAUGAGGACGAGCGGCCUCCGGCGGACGAAGCCUUGGACGCCGAGCACCUCUCCCUGGGGCUGCCGGCCGAAGUGGUGGAGGCUGAAGGGCCCGUCGCCCAGCGGGCGGUGCGCCUGGCGGUCAUCGAAUUCCACCUGGGAGUGAACCACAUCGACACCGAGGAGCUGUCGGCCGGCGAGGAGCACCUGGUGAAGUGCCUGAGGCUGCUGCGCAAGUACCGGCUUUCGCACGACUGCGUCUCUCUCUACCUCCAGGCGCAGAAUAACCUGGGUAUCUUGUGGUCUGAAAGAGAAGAAAUUGAAACUGCACAAGCUUACCUAGAAUCAUCAGAAGCGUUAUAUAACCAGUACAUGAAAGAGAUUGGGAGUCCUCCUCUUGAUCCUACUGAGCAUUUUCUCCCCGAAGAAGAGAAACAUACAGAACAGGAGAGAUCAAAAAGGUUUGAAAAGGUUUAUACUCAUAUCUUAUAUUACCUGGCUCAAGUCUACCAGCAUAUGGAGAUGUUUGAGAAGGCUGCUCGUUACUGUCACAGUACCCUCAAACUCCAGCUUGAGCACAAUGCUUACCGUCCUCUGGAGUGGGCUAUUAAUGCUGCUACCCUGUCACAGUUUUACAUCAAUAAGCUAUGCUUUAUGGAGGCCAGGCAUUGUUUAUCAGCUGCUAAUGUCAUUUUUGGUCAAACUGGAAAGAUGCCAGCCUCUGAAGACACAACUGAAGCUGAAGGAUAUGUACCAGAACUUUAUCAUCAAAGAAAGGGGGAGAUAGCACGAUGCUGGAUCAAAUACUGUUUGACCCUCAUGCAGAAUGCCCAACUUUCUAUGCAGGACAACAUAGGAGAGCUUGACUUUGAUAAACAGGCUGAGCUUAGAACUCUGAGGAGAAAAGAACUGGAUGAGGAGGAGAGUGUUAGGAAAAAAGCCGUGCAGUUUGGAACCGGUGAGCUGUGUGAUGCCAUCUCCGCGGUGGAAGAGAAAGUGAGAUAUUUGCGACCUUUAGACUUUGAUGAAGCCAGAGAACUUUUCUUAUUGGGUCAGCACUAUGUCUUUGAGGCAAAAGAGUUCUUUCAGAUUGAUGGUUAUGUCACCGACCAUAUCGAAGUUGUCCAAGAUCACAGUGCUCUGUUUAAGGUGCUGGCGUUCUUUGAAACUGACAUGGAGAGACGGUGCAAGAUGCAUAAACGUAGAAUAGCCAUGCUAGAGCCCCUAAUUGUGGACCUGAAUCCACAGUAUUACCUGUUGGUCAGCAGGCAGCUUCAGUUUGAAAUUGCACACACCUACUAUGACAUGAUGGACUUGAAGGUUGCCAUUGCAGACAAGGUAAGGGACCCCGACUCACACAUCGUGAAAAAGAUCAAUGCUCUGAAUAAGUCAGCACUGAAGUACUACCAGCUCUUCUUAGACUCCCUGAGAGACCCCAAUAAAGUCUUUCCUGAGCACAUAGGGGAAGAUGUUCUUCGCCCUGCCCUGUUAGCUAAGUUUCGCGUUGCCCGUCUCUAUGGCAAAGUCAUCACUGCAGAUCCCAAGAAAGAGCUAGAAAAUGUGGCGGCAUCAUUGGAACAUUACCAGUUCAUUGUCGAUUACUGUGAAAAGCACCCUGCAGCUGCUCGGGAAAUCGAAGUUGAGCUGGAACUCAGUAAAGAGAUGGUGAGUCUUCUCCCAACAAAAAUGGAGAGAUUCAGAUCCAAGAUGGCCCUGACUUAGUCUUUGCUUUGAAAAAAAGGAAAUGUGCAAUAUGGAAGUGGCCUUUUUCCUUCUGAAACAGCCCUUAUUCCAUGUGAUAGCUUCCUUCCUUCCAACUUGAGACAGUCCGAUCAAUGAGUCUUUGCUAGGACCUUAAUCAGCAUAAAGGUAAUUAGUAAUUUGCACUUACUUAUGUAAAUUGCUUUGUUAAAGUGACUUGUGAUUGCUAUUUCAGAUGGCUUAUUUCCUAUUUAAAUACCAACACUAAUUCAGUUUCUAAAUGUGGGCUAGUCCUUCAUGGACUAGUAGUUACAAGGAGCAAUGCUGGGAAUGUGCCUGGUAGAUAAGCCCUGUUACUAUAUUGACAUCGAAAAAGUAACUUCCUGUACUUAUUCUCUCCAAAAUAUUUGCUUUCCUAAAUUCCCAAAGAUCUGAGAUCUUUCCCUUUGACAAUAAUAAAUACUAAGUUGUGGUUAUUUUGUGUUGCAAAGUUGUUUGUCUCAAUUAUAUUACUUAUGGAAAUAAUAAUAAAUGGACAUGUUUCACUAAUAAAACUUGCCUUUCUCUUUUU